GUAUUUUUUUGAAUAUUAAUUUGUUUUAAUUUUUAAUACCAACACCAUUAACCCCUUCCCCCAAUCUGUAUUUCAUUGUAAGCAUUUAAAUACAACAACAACAACAACACAAAAUGUAUAGAAUGUGAAACAUUUUAUUUUAAAACUGCAAACAAUUUGUAAUUUAUUAUUGUGAUUUUACAAUACCUCAGUCUAAUAAUCUCUUUAUAUUUUUACAUAGACACUGACAACUUAUACUGUCCCCUCAAUUUAUUCCCUCAAGCACAUUUUAAAGUGGUUAAACUAACAACUCACACUGUGUUACAGCUCAAUAAACAAUGCUGACUAUUAGUAAUUAAAAAAACACUGUCACACUUUACCAUCUAUUAAAAAGAAGACAUAGAAAUUAUGUGGCUAUUUUGACACAUUCUGGUUAUCAAACUUAAGUGGAACAUAUACUUAACCUGUACAACAACUCUAGUUAGUUUGUUAGGACAGAUGGGAAUUAAUGCGUCUUCAUUUAUCCAACAUCACAUUGGCACCAGUUGUUAAAUAUGCAAAAAUGACUCAAAAAAGUCAAGUUAGUUCUGAGAAAAUGUCUUUCAUUUGUUUGCAGAAGCCAUUUGCUUAUAUUUUCGAAUUCAAUACAUUUUAAAAUAAGUCUGCAAAUACUUUUUGGGGCCACUCUUUAUGAAUGUGGUGGUCCUGUGUGUAGCAUAUAUGACGCGUUUGGAGAAUAACGCAUGUGUGUGAGCUGCUCCAGACAGUGUUGCACAUUAUAGCCCACAAUAAUCAGACAAAAUGAUUCUACACCGGAAUAGCGAUGAUGAAACUCGCUCCAUCGCUCAUCGUGGAGAGACGCAUUUGAGCUCAACGCGUCGCUUCAUGGACAUCGAUAGCGCGAAAAGGACGCGACAUCAUCUCAAACGCGCCGCUAACGCUGGAUACUCGGCCCACUUCACGCUUCUGCUGCUCCAGUGUUUUUAAGAGAGUGUGUCUCAUCUGCCGGUCUGGUGUGUGUUGUCCUCCGUCAGUGAGUGUGUGAGCUCGGCUUCCGUAUCGCAUGGAGAAGAGGUAUGAGGAGUUGGUGCAGUACCCAGGCUCUGACGCCAUGCCUGUGGGAGGCUACCGGGACGUCAUGAGGUCACUUCCUCCGCCUCACUAUGGCCACACUGUGCCUGACUCCCUGAAACACCACCGGGACCAGAUCUACGGUCAUCCGCUGUUUCCACUCCUGGCUCUGGUAUUUGAAAAGUGUGAGCUUGCCACUUGCUCACCACGAGACUCCACCUCCAUGUCAAGCUCCGCCCACCUCCUCGGCAUGACCAAUCACAGCGACGUCUGCUCCUCUGAAUCGUUCAAUGACGAUAUCGCAGCCUUCGCCAAACAAAUUCGAUCAGAGAAACCCAUCUUUUCAUCAAAUCCAGAACUGGAUAAUCUGAUGAUCCAGGCCAUUCAAGUUCUACGGUUUCAUCUAUUAGAGCUAGAAAAGGUUCAUGACCUCUGUGAUAAUUUCUGUCAUCGCUACAUCACCUGUCUCAAGGGCAAGAUGCCCACUGAUUUGGUGCUGGAGGAUCGGGAGGGAGGAUCCAAAUCUGACAUGGAAGAUUUCACUGGUUCUUGCACCAAUCUGUCAGAACAAAAUCAGUCUUGGUUGCGUGACCCAGAUGACUGUGUGUCGACCCCCUUGGGCACCCCCAGCGCCUCCUGUGGCCUCACCUCACACAGCGUGGAGAACUGCAGCGAUGCCGGAGAUGGGUUGGAUGGAAGCGUGGCGUCGCCCAGCACAGGAGAAGAAGAUGAAACGGACAGAGACAGACGAAACAACAAGAAAAGAGGAAUCUUUCCCAAAGUUGCAACGAACAUUAUGAGAGCAUGGCUCUUUCAGCACCUGUCGCAUCCGUACCCAUCUGAAGAACAGAAGAAACAGCUCUCCCAAGACACGGGUCUCACCAUACUGCAGGUCAACAACUGGUUUAUAAAUGCCAGACGCAGAAUAGUCCAGCCAAUGAUUGACCAAUCAAAUCGCUCAGGCCAGAGUGCUCCGUACAGUCCGGAGGGGGCGGCUCUAGGAGGAUAUGGGCUAGAUGCUCAGUCUCAUUUAGGUCUUAGGACAGCAGGACUUCAGGGAAUGCCGUCCCUGCCCACAGAUUACCCCGGGGCCCUUCUGUCCCAGCCGGGAUACUCCCACGCUGGCCCAUCCUUGCACCCCUACCCCGGCCCCCACACUGCCAUGCUGCUCCAUCCACCGCCCCACAGCCACCCCGCCGAACCCCUCAUAGGACAAGGCCUUGACAUUCACGCCCACUAACCGAGAGCGGAGCAGGGGAGGGUGCGCUGAAAACGGGACGGAAGGGUACAUUGACUUUGCAGUACCGCACCAAACCUUCAGGGCAUCACCGCAGUCCACACAUAAUGACUCUGAGAAUGUCUUAAAUGCACUGACCUGGCAUCAUAUAAAUGUAUCAAUGUCCAUUUUAUGCACUCAGCUCCCAUGUCAAAUGCCUGACAGACUUGUUACAUUCCUUACAUACAUUACUCUCUGAUCUGCUCAUGACAAUGCUCUGAAUGCACUGUACCCAAUACAUCUAACUGCUAGUUUUAA